AUGUGGUUGAUCAACGUCAAUACCCUUGACCUGGAGGAGUUCAUCGAGCCGGACUUCCCUUACGCCAUCCUCUCUCAUACCUGGGGCAGCGAAGAAGUGUCUUUCUGCGAACUCAAAUACCAAACAGACGAUAAUUUCCGGAGAAAGGACGGUUAUCUCAAGAUUUACAACACAUGCCGUGUGGCCAAGUCCCUCGACUUGGCCUACGCGUGGGUCGAUACUUGCUGUAUCGACAAGAGGUCCAGCGCAGAACUAUCCGAGGCAAUCAAUUCCAUGUUCCGCUGGUAUAAGCGGUCCUGGAUUUGUUUUGCCUAUCUCUCCGAUUUGAAUGACUUGGCUAGCUCAGCCACAUUCCUGGAAAAUUUGGGGGCUUCACGGUGGUUCACCCGGGGUUGGACUCUUCAAGAGCUGAUUGCGCCAAAGACUGUCACUUUUUACAAUGCGUCUUGGCAGGUACUUGGUUCAAAGGAGACUUUGUCCCCCUUCUUGUCGUCCAUCACAGGCAUCGACGAGGCGAUCCUCACUGGCAAGGCGCCUCUACUCAAAGUCCCCGCCGCAACUCGCAUGUCUUGGGCCUCGAAACGUCAAACUACUCGGACUGAGGACUCUGCCUAUUGCCUGCUUGGGAUAUUCGAUAUCAACAUGCCCUUGCUAUAUGGCGAAGGUGAUAAAGCCUUCGCUCGGCUGCAGUCUGAGAUCCUACAAGACACAAAUGACCUAUCUCUAUUCGCCUGG